UCUUUUCCUCUUCCAUUUUUUAGGGCAAUUGUUUUGUUUGAUAGACGAAGCUUAGGGUCUCUUUGGGUUUGCAACCCUUACCCUCCUGGAAAAAAUCAUAGUUGUGCUAGACUGCGACACUUCAGACCAGGUACUAUUAGAGCCGCUAAUGGACGACGAGCUAUUUUCCGCUAUCCGGAGCUCAAGCAUUUGAGCCGCUAAAUGGACGAGACUCCUGGGGUAAAGGAUGCAGAGAAUGAGGAGAAAACACUCGUAUGGAGCAGGGAGUAGGUAUUGUACUACUUCCUGGUAUGGAGCACUGAGAAGCGCUUGGUGACAUCGUCCAAGAUCGACAGGGAUGGCGGGUCACCUGCCGUGACGCUGUCGACGCUAUUGUCCAGUCCCGCAUGGAGCCUGUGGCGAAGCCCCUCAUUUGUGGCACUUGUGCGCGCAGUUUUCGUCGGCCACAUGAUAUUGCGACGCACAAGUGUAACGCUGUUCGCGCGGCCCCGCGCGCUGAGUAUGGCGAUCCCCGCCCGGUGGACAACACGUCUCCUGGUCUGCCCCGUAUGGGGCCACAUAGCCAGUCAUGGCAGUGGAAGAAGGAAGGAAGCUUUCACUGUCCAGGAGCGACACUGACUCGCACUGCUAUCUGGUGCUCACGAGGUGUUUGUCGCGCUGCAAACGGAGCGUCUCUCAUUAGGCGAUUUGAUCGCAGGACGAGAGAGGAGCUGAUGGACGAUCUCUCCAAUGUUCCACUUGGUUCGGAGCGGCGCCGAGUGCUGACGUUGGGACUUGGCCAUUCAACUGCAGUGCCAGUCUGGCUACCUGCCCUGCCUGCGUUCCAGCCUGUGGCUGUAUCCUGCCAUCACAGCGCUGCGACGGUGUUUGGUACGACUGUGCUGAUGGCUCUGAUGCACAGUACUGCCCAGGCAAGGUCACACCAGCUCCAGGUUAGCUCCUGCUCCAUGCCCAUUGUUGGAGCGACAGUCCUGGAAUCCAGAGUUGCAAGUGAGGUGGUGAUACGGCAAGCAGACGGUGGCAAAGUACGGCUUAAAAGCUCUACAUCUGGCAAGUGGCCGGCAUACCACCCCAAUGGACAUCGGAACAGUACACGUAGAGUAGCAUCUCUACGUGACAGGGUAUGAGCGCAAGCCAGUAUUGCCAAGCACUGGGGACCUUUGGCAAUCUGAAGAAUGUUUUGUCCGAGAAUCGAUCCUUGGAUCUGUGGCGUUGCAGUUGUGGUGCUCCCGACCCUCUUGCGUGAUGGCCGCGGAGACCUAGCGAAAAGGUUCGAGACAUACGGCAUCUCAAUAUCUUCCACCACAAUCAGUACAUCAGCACCACCAUCGAGUGUAGCGACAUCAGCAAUAGAAGACGCACAUGAUAUCAUCCACCCUUACGGCCUUAGCGAAGACCCGGGAAUACCUGAGAAGAUGUUAGCCGCAACUUUACUGGAAAAGUCGUCGGUGACAACGGCACUCCAUAUUUUAGCUGCAUGCAGUUAGGUCUCUCAACAAGUGUACCCAAAGUUUUCAAGCUAAUACACAAGCAAAUUCACUAGGGGCCGAGUAUAUUUUCCUACACCUCUCCCUGUUUGUUGUUGUUAUUUCUGCAUUCAAAUUGUUUGUGUACCUGUACAUUUAUUACAGUAGAGCCACGCAUCCACAGCUGUUGUUUCCAAGGGGUCAGGCUCGUCAGUUAUACAAAACCUUUCAGCAAUCUGGCCUUAGGCUUAGUUCCUUGACUUCUUGUACCACUUUCUUAGAUGCACAUCCCACUGGAUAGUGAGCAAUACGUGUGUAGCAGAAUCUGUAUUCCAGAAAAGCAGAGACUCGAGUCUAUUGACACUGCGUUUCUUUUUUUUAACGUUAUUGGCUGUGGUGUACCUAGAGGUAUACACGUACAUUCCUGGGUCCCACGUUCUGUGACGCCCGACUGUAUUCGUGGUGCCUCAACAACUUUUAA